AUGGAUGCUUGUUUUCUUACCGCAAGAUCAAUCUCUGGUAUCAAAGAGCUUGUCCCGGUCAUCAAAGCCAGAAUCUUUUCUUGCCCCAAAAGAAAUUCCGGCCAAUUUCUCACCAGGAAGGUUGCUUCUCCGAUCUCUGUAAAUUGUUCCCUUUCGGAUUCAUGGAAGCCACUGGACGAUGAUGCUGAUCUCUUCAAGGAGUGUGUCAACAACAAUUCUACAGCAGAUGCUCAUGCUGACUGGAGAGAGUUCAGGGCAAGGCUCGUAGCUGGAGAACAAGCUGCAACCUCCGAGGUAGACCAGUCCUCGUGGUCUAACCCGGACAUAGUGGUGGACUAUCCGUCAUCAUCAUCACCAUCAUCGUCUUCACCGAUCACAAUUGGAAACAAAUGGGCACACAAGAUCCACGAGCCAGAGACAGGGUGUCUUCUGAUCGCCACAGAGAAGCUAGAUGGAGUCCACAUCUUCGAAAAGACGGUGGUUCUCCUCCUCUCCGUUGGACCUUCCGGUCCUAUAGGAGUCAUCCUAAACCGUCCAUCGCUGAUGUCGAUCAAGGAGACCAAGUCAACGGUUUUAGACAUGGCAGGGACGUUUUCAGACAAAAGACUCUUCUUUGGUGGACCUUUGGAAGAAGGGCUGUUCUUGGUGAGUCCGAGGAGUGGCGGGGACAAUGAGGUUGGGAAGAGCGGAGUGUUCAGACAAGUGAUGAAAGGAUUGUACUAUGGGACGAGAGAGAGUGUGGGAUUGGCUGCAGAGAUGGUGAAGAGGAAUUUGGUGGGAAGAAGUGAGCUUAGAUUCUUUGAUGGGUAUUGUGGUUGGGAGAAAGAGCAGUUGAAAGCAGAGAUCUUGGGAGGGUAUUGGACUGUGGCUGCUUGUAGCUCAAGUGUUGUUGAGCUUGGCUCGGCUGUUCAAAGCCAUGGGCUCUGGGAUGAGGUGCUUGGGCUUAUUGGUCCUCAAACGGGCUCUGUUAUCUAA